GGAACCGCGAGGCUGCUGUGGCUCUGCAGCUGCCCGGGGUGUUCCAAAUAACCCCAUGUAAAUCUUGGAAGAAUGCUAUAGACUGUUGAAAUUGUUGCAAGAAAUCUUUCUGGAAACAAUAUUUUGUCAUUUCAUUCAAUGCCUAACAUUGUAGACACAGAAAGAUCAAAUGAUUCUGGAAACGGUGACCAUAAGCUUGAAAGAAAAUCUCCAGAGCAGAAUCUGAAAGUUGCUGUCAAAUCCUUCUCCCCCACGGAUGCCCCAACAACACCACUGGGUUCUGGUGGAGAUGGUCGUUAUCCAUGGAGUUGUCCAGUGACUCAUACUCGAGAAAAAAUCUAUGCGAUCUGCUCAGACUAUGCCUUUCUCAACCAGGCAACCUCAAUCUAUAAAACUCCCAAUUCAACUCUUUCUUCUUGCCUUGCCAAUAGCACUUCUGUAACUGUUGGAAAUAAUUCAUCCAGAUAUAUUGGUAUCCCAACUAGUUCCUCAGAGAUCAUCUACAAUGAAGAUAGUAACUUGGAAACCUUAUCUAAUAGUUUUGGCAAGCUACCACUUGCCUGGGAAAUUGAUAAGUCGGAAUUCAAUGGAGUGACUGCAAACUUGAAAAAUAAAACAGGAAAUGUGAAGAAACAAGUUUCUAAAAAAAAGUCUUCAGAAAAAAAGGGAAAACACAACAAGGAGUGUCCACAGUAUUCUCCUCUUGAAGAUAUUAAGCAGCGGAAAGUAUUAGACCUAAGGCGAUGGUACUGUAUUAGUCGACCUCAAUAUAAGACUUCCUGCGGUAUUUCCUCAUUGAUAUCUUGUUGGAACUUCUUGUACAGCACAAUGGGAGCUGGAAACCUUCCACCUGUUACUCAAGAAGAGGCUUUACACAUUUUGGGCUUUCAACCCCCAUUUGAAGAUAUUCGGUUUGGUCCUUUUACUGGAAAUACUACAUUAAUGAGAUGGUUUAGACAAAUUAAUGACCACUUCCAUGUAAAAGGCUGUUCUUAUGUUCUCUAUAAACCUCAUGGGAAGAAUAAAACAGCAGGAGAAACUGCUUCAGGAGCAUUAUCAAAAUUAACACAUGGACUGAAAGAUGAAUCACUGGCUUACAUUUAUCAUUGCCAGAAUCAUUACUUUUGUCCGAUUGGAUUUGAAGCGACACCAGUUAAAGCUAAUAAAGCAUACAGCAGAAGUCAUUUGUUGCAGCAAGAAGUAGAAUAUUGGAUCUUAAUAGGAGAGCCAAGUAGAAAACAUCCUAGCAUUCACUGUAAAAAAUGGGCAGAUAUUGUUGUUGACCUUAACACUCAAAAUCCAGAAUACCUCGAUAUUCGACACUUAGAAAGGGGAUUACAGUACAGAAAAACAAAGAAGGUAGGGGGGAAUCUCCAUUGCAUCAUAGCCUUUCAGAGACUUAAUUGGCAAAGAUUUGGCCUUUGGAACUUCCCAUUUGGAAAUAUUCGACAAGAACUACAACCUCCAGCCCAAACACAGGGACUUGCCAAAUCCGAGAGUGAAGACAAUAUCUCUAAGAAGCAUCAUGGGCGUCUGGGCCGAUCUUUGAGUGCUAGUUUUCAUCAGGAGUCAGCAUGGAAGAAGAUGUCCAGUAUUAAUGAAAGAAGAAACAGUGCCUAUUUGGGUUAUAAUGAUUAUGAUGGAAACAAUUAAAUGGGUUGGGUACUGCACAAAUGUUUAUGAAAACUUGAAGUAGGACAUACAAUAAUAAGGAGUUUUACUAAGUUUGUGUUAUGUAUGAAUAGAUCUCAUUGCGUGGGACAAAAAGCCUUGUAGUUUUUCAGUACCUAAGCUUGUGUAUGAUUGUGAGUACUGAUUUAAAUAUGUGAAAAGAUAAGCACAGAGUAUUGUUCUUGUAAAAUUAAAGUAAAUAAGCAGUCAAAAUAGAAAGCAAUUUCUUUUUAAAAACCAAAACAAACUGUGAUUGCUGUCUAAACAAAUUAAAGUAUAUUUAAUAAUCAAAAUAUGAACUACUUAACCAAGCAUGAAAUUUUAAAAUAAUUUUUCUCAAAAUGGUCAUUGAAGAUUAUUCUGCUUUUAAGUUCAAAAGUAGGUCAUCCUCCCUUUUAAAAAGUGUAGCUGAUAGAGCUAUCAGUGUCUAAUUUUAGCUAAGAUGUAUAUUGAUAAAGGCUCAUCUGAAAUUGUCCAAUGUGCUUUGGUAGUUCUCUAUACAAGUAUCAGUAUCACUACCACCACACUUCUCGCUUGUUAAUCUUUUUCAGAAAUCCCAAAAAGGAGACAUAAGUGAAACAUCUUGGAUGUAAUUUAGUCCAUUGACUCAGUAUACUCUUGCUCUUAUUGACUUGGGAAAUUUCUGUAAAACAUAGAUUAGAAUUCUGAAUCCUAUUAUUAAUCCAUGAGGCUUAUAGAUUUUUUAUUUAAUUGGGGGGGGGGAUGGGUUAGGUGUCUGAAAAGGCAAACUACUACAUAGUUAUUUGGAAUGGGAUCUCCUAGGACUUGACUGUUCUCACUAUAGGAUGGAGACAUAAGUUAAUAUAAGCAAAGCAUUAAGGAAACUUUAGGCCGCUCAGUGCAACUAGGCUCUUGUUUUAAUUGUCAACUGAUUCAAUUUUACUCUAACUGUGAAUCUGCUGCUGAGUCUCUGACUCUGAUCCACAUAAUCAAUUGACACAUAAAGCAAUUGUUUAAGACAAAAAUGAAAGCCUGAGGUAUGGAUUUCACUUCAUUCUCACGGGAGAAAUUCUGAACCCUAUGCCCAUUGUUGCCAACUUGUAGAAGAUGGGGUUUUCUUGCUCUUUUUUUUUUCAACGGUCUUUUGGGGGUACAAAUACUUUCAUUAUUGCAAAGGGCAAGAUUUGGCAAUUAAUCUAAAAUGUACCACCCGUAAAUGCUGAUUCCUAGUUUUUUUUUUUCUUAAAUUCCAUGUCCAUUAUCCACUUGUGUAUUCUGCAAAUGAGAAUAUGGUAAUAGAAUGCUCAUUUUUUUCUAAAGGGAACACUAUGUUUAAAUAAAAGGGGUUAGGAUUUGUAAGUUGCUGAUUUUGUUAAUUAAGACUGGAACUUUUAGAAAACUUUGUUCAAAUAAAGCUUUGUUUUUUACUUUUAGUCAUGUGAA